AUGACCGCCGGCGGCAGCCGUGGAGCUGCGGGAGCGCGACCGGGGGCGAGCUGGGCCGCUGUAGUCAACCAAGAACAGAUCAAGAUGAAUGCCAUGAUGGAGACCUCCGAGCUCCCGGCCGUGUUUGACGGGGUGAAGCUGGCCGCGGUGGCUGCCGUGCUGUACGUGAUCGUCCGCUGUUUGAAUCUGAAGAGCCCCACAGCUCCACCUGACCUCUACUUCCAGGACUCCGGGCUCUCGCGCUUCCUGCUCAAGUCCUGUCCUCUCCUGACCAAAGAAUAUAUCCCACCAUUGAUCUGGGGGAAAAGUGGACACAUCCAAACAGCCUUGUAUGGGAAGAUGGGAAGGGUGAGGUCGCCCCACCCGUAUGGGCACCGGAAGUUCAUCACCAUGUCUGAUGGAGCCACUUCGACCUUUGACCUCUUCGAGCCCUUGGCUGAGCACUGUGUGGGAGAUGACAUCACCAUGGUCAUCUGCCCUGGAAUUGCCAAUCACAGCGAGAAGCAGUACAUCCGCACCUUUGUCGACUAUGCCCAGAAAAAUGGCUAUCGGUGCGCUGUGCUGAACCACCUGGGCGCCUUACCCAACAUUGAACUGACCUCGCCACGCAUGUUCACCUACGGCUGCACCUGGGAAUUUGGAGCCAUGGUAAACUACAUCAAGAAGACAUACCCCCUGACCCAGCUGGUGGUCGUGGGCUUCAGCUUGGGCGGUAACAUCGUGUGUAAAUACUUGGGGGAGACCCAGGCCAACCAAGAAAAGGUUCUAUGCUGCGUCAGCGUGUGUCAGGGCUACAGCGCACUGAGGGCCCAGGAGACCUUCAUGCAGUGGGACCAGUGCCGGCGCUUCUACAACUUCCUCAUGGCCGACAACAUGAAGAAGAUCAUUCUCUCGCACCGGCAAGCUCUUUUUGGAGACCAUGUGAAGAAACCCCAGAGCCUGGAGGACACGGACUUGAGCCGCCUCUACACAGCCACAUCUCUGAUGCAGAUUGACGACAACGUGAUGAGGAAGUUUCACGGCUACAACUCCCUGAAGGAAUAUUACGAGGAAGAAAGUUGCAUGAGAUACCUGCACAGGAUUUACGUACCUCUCAUGCUGGUGAAUGCAGCCGAUGACCCCUUAGUGCACGAAAGUCUUCUAACCAUUCCAAAAUCUCUUUCAGAGAAACGGGAGAACGUCAUGUUUGUGCUGCCCCUGCACGGGGGCCAUCUGGGCUUCUUUGAGGGCUCCGUGCUGUUCCCCGAGCCCCUGACGUGGAUGGAUAAGCUGGUGGUGGAGUACGCCAACGCCAUUUGCCAGUGGGAACGUAACAAGUCGCAGUGCUCCGACACGGAGCUGGUGGAGGCCGACCUGGAGUGA